AUGCUUCAAAUUGGUUAUAGAACUGAGGAUUUCUCGUGGGAAACGAAAGAAGAGAUUCUAACGAUCACCUCACCAUCGCAUCAAGAAGAUCAAAACGAUUCGGGUAUAGAGAAUCGCACCACGGAUUCGCAUUCCCCAUCCACAUCGCUUGACUUUUCACCGAGGAGUGACUCCAAACUUACCGCCGAAUUGAUCUCACCGAAAACAAGUCGGCAAGUAGUUGAGCAACCACCCGAUUACGCUCCACCACCACCGCCACCACCACCACCUCCGCCACUAGCUUCAUCUGAGCAAGAUCAGUCAUUGGAUCAGGUCCUUGUCCCUCUGAGCAUUUCACGUGCCGUGACAAUAACCCCACAGCAGAAGUCGGACGAAGACGACUAUCCGCCACCACCACUACAUCUGCGAAGGCCUACAUCAUCAGAUAGAAGCGCUGAAGACCUGAUAUCUCGAUUCGAACAAGCUUCGCUAGAUAUACGAGCUCCACCUACAUUCCACUACGAGGAGCGGGUACGUGACAUUCAGUUUUAUGUAACAGUUUGA